GACCCAGGUCACAUGACAGUAAGCCCUAGUUCAGACAGACUGGCUACACCGAGGGAGGAUAGCUGUUAGCUUCAACUGUCUAGACGGCCGAGAUGAGUUUCCUGGGAGGUUUGUUUGGACCGGUUUGUGAGAUAGACGUACUGCUGAAUGAUGCAGAGAACAGAAGGACGGCUGAGCUGAAAACAGAAGAUGGGAAAGUGGAGAAACACUACCUGUUCUACGAUGGAGAGUCCGUGUCUGGAAAGGUGAAUCUCAAUGUGAAGCAGGGAGGAAAGCGACUGGAGCACCAGGGGAUCCGCAUUGAGUUUGUUGGACAGAUAGAGCUUUUCUCUGAUAAGAGCAACACCCAUGAGUUUGUGGACCUUGUCAAAGAGUUGGCUUUACCAGGAGAGCUCACCCAGAACAGAAGUUAUGACUUUGAGUUCAUGCAGGUGGAGAAACCCUACGAGUCCUAUACUGGAGCCAACGUCAGGCUAAGAUACUUCCUCAGGGUGACAAUAGUUCGGCGCCUGUCUGACUUGGUGAAGGAGUACGAGUUAAUCGUGCACCAGUUAGCCACCUACCCUGAUGUCAACAAUUCGAUCAAAAUGGAGGUUGGCAUAGAAGACUGUCUCCACAUCGAGUUUGAAUACAAUAAAUCCAAAUACCAUCUCAAGGAUGUGAUUGUUGGGAAGAUUUACUUCCUGCUGGUCAGAAUCAAGAUCCAGCACAUGGAGUUACAGCUCAUCAAGAAGGAGAUAACAGGCAUAGGUCCCAGUACUACCACAGAGACAGAGACAGUUGCUAAGUAUGAAAUCAUGGACGGCGCUCCAGUUAAAGGAGAAUCAAUCCCCAUCAGACUGUUCCUGGCUGGAUAUGACUUGACACCCACCAUGAGGGAUGUCAACAAGAAAUUCUCUGUGCGCUACUUCCUUAAUCUGGUGCUGGUGGACGAGGAGGACAGGAGAUACUUUAAACAGCAGGAGAUUGUUUUAUGGCGAAAAGCUCCAGAGAAGCUGAGGAAAAGAAACUUCCACCAGCGCUAUGAGUCUCCCGAGUCCCGAACCCAGCCGGUAACUGCAGAGCAGCCAGAGAUGUGAAGGCCGGACUAAGAACUGAAAAUACACGCAGACGCACCACAGCUCGUCACUGCUGAACAGCCAGAGGUGUGAGGGCUGCCCCACUGUCUCCCUGGACUGAGAAAUGUCUGUAUUCAUAAAUACACAUAACAUACCUUCAGGCAUCCCCGUUCCCCCCCCUCACCACUUCACAGCUUCAGGUGUGAGCUGCCGACCCCCCCCCCCCCCUUCCCCCCGGACUUAAAGACACUCACAUACAGAUGCACACAAUCAAAGUCUGCUGAAUGCUACAUGUCAAGGCAAGCGUGCAAAACAAACCAACCCAAGUAACGAACAAUGAGACAGCCUUUUUCAUCCUGUCGUCUCAGACUGAAAACACACUCGAGCACACACAAGUGAAGCCAUACAGUCGGUUAGCUGAAUGCAGAAUGAAACAGGAGCAAAGACAGAAAAGAGGAGACUGCUACAGACUUUCGCACCAUUUUAUCUUGUUCUUCUGCAGCAGGAGCUUCUUUUGUUUGCAUACUGAACAGCACUUCUCUUGGACUUCCUCUAUAGCAUCCCCUCUCCCACAUCUUCUGCAGAGUGGCACUUUCCAGAGUCUCGAUGGACCCUGUAAGUGAAAGUAUUCAUGAUGUGGGGGAUCAGCCCAAACAAAGAAUGUGAGUCAGCACACAGGAUCUGUAUUUAUUCACAAUAUUAGUUCUCAUUCAUCCACCGAGCUGGGAAAAGAAGAAUUUUCCAAGAAAAGCAUUUUUGUUACUGUAACUUUGCUUCUUCUGGCCAAAUGAUAACCUGAUCCCAUAUUUGAUGUUUUACACAUUUCUAGCUCCAUUUCAUUCAAGAAAAUGUUUUCAUUCUACAUGGACAUGAUCAUAUCAGGUUCACUUAUUCAUAGAACCAUCACCUAGCACCUUGGCUAACGGUUAAUUUUUGUUACUGAUCUACAAUAAGUCUGAAAUAUCGACGUCACCACACAAUGCCCAGACCUGAGUUAGCAUCUAUAGCUUUUAAAACACACAUAUAUUCAAUAUACUAUCAUACAGUAGAGCAAAAUGCAUCAAAUCCUCACAUUGGAGAUUUGAUAAUCAAAACUGAUUCUCUUUCCUCUUGAUUCUCUCAUUGAUUGAUCGACUAAUACCACAAGCAUCAUCAGUACAACAUUUCAGUCGUAAUAUAUGCAGAUUUCACUGAGGAUGUCUGUUUUCAGCAACUUAGAACAGGAAUUCUUCCACAAAUAUCUAAAGGUGUCAUUUCUCUGUUUGUGUCUUAGGCUGCACUGGCACCCAUUGUUCAGUUUCAACUGUUACAGUGCUUUCUGUCACUAAACUUUAAUCUUUGAUAUUUUAAGGUUUUGUUCACCCAUGUUCCGAAUAAGAAAAGCAUUUUUUUGCUCAGUGUUUUGUGCACUGUGAUGAAAUUCCACUGGCCUCCUUUAAUAUUGGGUUGGAGGAAGAAACUCAGCAGUCAGAUGCAUUAAAAUUUGAAGGAAAUAUGGGUCUUUGUAAUUUGGGUGAAUUGAACCUUUUAAAUUUGUAAUAUUUAAAGCUCAGAAAAAUGACUGAACAAUGACGGUUCUGUUACCACAAAACCACUUUUUGUGUUGACAUCUUGAAUGAUUCAUCAGAAACAAAGUGGUUAAUGAUGAAGAUUCACUGUUCUUCUUCAUGCUGCUUUUUGUUCUUAUUAUUUUAACCUGUUGAAUUGUUGUGCUUGAAAUACUAAUGUGAUAAACGGCUCAUGUCUGCUGCUGUAAGCACCGGAAGAGUUGCAGUAUGGAUAUACUGUAAAAUCCAACGAUGUUCCACUGUGAUGCUCAGACCUGCAGUUUAGGUCCUGCUUUAAAGACACUGUUAUCAGUCC